AUGAAGCAAGAAGUGGGGGAAUCAAUUGAUGAAUUUUCACGAGAUUUGAAGGAUUUAGCAGAGGCGGCUUAUCCUGGUGGCUCUUUUGAAAUGGACUUAUCUUUCCUUAAACUAAGUGAUGAGCAGAAGACGGGGUUGAAGAAUGAAAAUGAAAAAAUGGCCAAAAGGUUUAGGGAGGAAAUUUGUGUAGAAAGAUUUAAAGCAGGGUUGCUGCCUGAAAUAAGGGAAAAAGUUAUUUUUAUGAAAUCGCCCUCUACUUUGGCAGAAGCAGUGACACAAGCAAAAAGGGUUGAAGAGUUAAAUGGUACAGUUAAAGCUGAUGCUAGAAAAAGAUGGGAUGAAAUAGAGGUGAAGGAAGCCCAAGCAGAAGUCAAUCCAGUUUGGGAAAUAAAUGGGGAUGAGAAUGAAAACUGGGAUGAUGAACAAGUUGAACCAAAUCCUUGCCCUUACUAUGGGGAUGAAUAUUAUGAAAAUGACCCAUAUUAUGAUGAAUGCCAAUGGUUGCCACAGGGAAAUAAUGAGACUUGGGAAAAUGACGAUGAUCAAUGUUAUUAUGAUGAAAAUUUUACGGGGAACUAUGAUAAUCAAGAGUGGGACACUGAUGAAACAAAUUUUGACGAAUACUAAAAAA